UCUUAUCGUAUCAGUAAGUGCUAGCGACGUAACCGUUAAAGUGCUCACUCCAUAGUGCCUGUUUAAAAUUAACAUUAUUGUCAUUAUCGCUUGCAAAUUACGACGGAACCCAUUGUUCACAUCCCGUAGUUGCGUAGAAUCAGUUAAUUUCAACAAAUAUAGUAUUCAAAAGUGUCUAAAAAUAAACUCAAUAAUCAUAAACGUCGAAGAACAAUUCUUAAUAAAUUUUUAAACCGUACGCUGUAAUUCAGUUUGAUACAUCGUGCCUGAGCGAACGCCGCGACGUUCGUUCGUCUCAGAUGAGAUAAAUCCGUUUAUUUUCCUUAUCAAGAUUAAUGUACCUACCUAUAUAGUGAUAAAAAUAUCUGUAGCAAGUUAAAAACUAGCGAAGACAGGUUGUCACGCGAGUUUCCACGUAACUGUUUGAAUAUAUUCGAACAAAAUGUGGUCGAAACUGUUUACUACGGUCAAAUAUUUAUUAGUGGUUGUGAAUUUCAUAUUCGUGAUCACUGGUAUUAUAAUUCUAUCGGUCGGCGCGUCCGUACAGUCUGCCUACAAUGGUUACCAUCAGUUCCUAUCCGAGAGGUUCUACUCUCUACCAGCUUUCUGCAUUGCGACUGGGAUCAUCAUCUUCCUGGUCGCUUUCCUCGGAUUCUAUGGAGCCUACAUGGAGAAUUACAUUGUGAUCAUGACGUUCGUGGGUGCUAUGAUCCUGAUGUUCAUCUUCCAACUGUCUGCCUGCAUCGCUGGGUAUGUGCUGAAGGGCAACGCCGUGUCCCUGGUGCAGCACAAACUGCUGGAGACCAUGGACAUGUACGGUCUCAACAAGAGCAUCGAGGUCACCAAACUGUGGGACACUGUGCAACAAGACUUCCAGUGCUGCGGUGUCCUCAAUGCUAGUCAGUGGUUGGUUCCUCUGGGCACAACUGACACCAACGGGCUGCCAGUCAGCUGCUGCAGCCAGAACUACGGCAUCGUGGCCGUCCUCAACUGCAACAUCGGCAUGCAGUCCGCCUACACGACUGGCUGCUCUGACUCCUUCGGCAGCUGGGUUCAGUCGCAUGCUGCCGCUAUCGGAAUGGCUGGAAUAUUCUUAGUUUUGAUGCAGGCGUUGGCGGUAGCAGGUGCUGUGUGGAUGGCGAAAAUAUCUAGAGAUGAACGCGGUGCCUACCCUUAAGUUUAGGAUGUAAUUCAUUUAAUUAUAAUUUAUAAUAUUAUGUACAAAUGCACAGCACAUCAAACUGACUCGAAUAGUUGAAUCCUUUAAAAACCCAUAGGGUCU